UGGGAUAAAGAUGACGUAAAUGUUGAGCAGUCAAAUUCUAUAUUCCGACUGACAACCUGUCAUACUUGACGUAUGCCAAUUUGACAUGAAAUGUCAAAAAGAUAACCUAUAACCUGCGUUGUGAGUUUUUUUUUAUUAGAUAUCUGUUUAUAUUUACUAUAUUUCUAGUUACAUUUUGCAAUUUUUCAUUUCUAAUGUGUUUGAAAAAGAAAUACGGUCAAGUUUUACCAUAAUAUAGAUCAAAUAAGAUGGAUUUUGAGGACAAUAUCCUGGAAAAUGAGGGAUCCCUUAACGAUGAAACGACAAAAGACGAGCAGGACUUCCUGACCCACCCGUUCAGUGAGGAUGGAAAUUCAGACUCUUCUAGUGACACUGAAAGUACAAAAUCUAAACGUCGGAGACCCUCACGAGACUGUACGGAAGAUAUUGAUAAAACUGAAGAUAUUAAAUUCAUUCGUGACAGCACAGACUCUGAAGAGGAACCUACCGCUGAAAAAGUAAAAAUCAAAAAGAAGAUUCGAUUGGCUAUGAAGAAACAUAAGGUGCACCCUCCCAGGGUAAACGAGUCCAAAUUCGAGGCUUUUCUAGAUAAAUUGAAAACCAAGCCUAAAGUAAGCAAACAACGUAGGAAUCAACUUGAAUGUAUUCAUCGUCUGCACAGUAUCAAAAAUCCAAUGUGGACAUCACCAUCUGCUGUACUGAAAGCUGUUAGGGACUGCAUCCUGAAUAGGAAAUGGAACAAUCUGACACAUCUAGUGCUCAUAUUGAUAAAUUUUCCAAGUCAUAAAUAUAAACCGCUAAUAAAAAAUUUAUGCCUUCUAAUUGACAAACUACAUCCAAUGGUACAGGACAACAAUAUGGAAGGCCAGUUCAAGCUUGUCUAUCAAGCUGCUAGGAGGAGGUAUUAGCUAUUUUUUAUACAAAUUGAAAUGUGAUCUGUUUUAGUUUUUUCCAUGUUGUCUUAAUAUCAACUUUAUGAAUGUUAAAAUCAAUCUUAAUUUGAUUGUCAAAUUAUUCAAUGUUUGGUAUUUUUUAACAUUAGUGUAUUUUCUACAGGAUCUUUUAACAAUACAAGACUGAAUCAAGCAAACUGUGUUUUAUUAAUAUACCCUAUUUCACGAGUAUCCAUCACACUUUGACGUCUACUAAGGUGAGCAGCUGGUCAGCAAGUGACAUUUUAAAG